AUUCAUUCGCCUUGAUAUAAUAUCUGCAAAGUUUGCAAAUAUUUACGUAAAUUAUUUUCUGGGAAUAUUUUAAAAAAAUAAAUAUUUACAAGAGCCUGCAGACAUGGAAGUACCUGUGCUAGAGCUCAUAAUACACCAAGGCAUAGUCAAACUAUCUUAUUAACAAAUUUCUAUCAUAACCCUAAACAUCAAACAUUAAUUAUGAAAGGUCAAGUUAUUGAGAAUGCACCAAAAUUUUCAGAUGAAGAAGAGCAAAAACAUUUUGAUGACGUUUUUGAAGAAUUAUAUAUGGAAUUGGAGGAUGAAUAUGGACAAAUUGAUGAAUUGAAUAUAUGUCAAAACCUAGGACGUCAUUUAUAUGGCAAUGUUUAUGUCAAAUUCAGAAAAAGUGAGAGCGCCGAUAAAGCCCUCAUGUCCAUAAACAACAGAUGGUUCGACCAAAGGCCUAUUAACGCGGAAUUAUCGCCUGUCGUCGAUUUUCGCGCCGCUUGCUGUCCCCAAUACGAGGAAGGAAAUUUUAGUGAAAAAUCCAAAGACAUAGCUAACCAUAUAAUGGUAAAUAUAGUAGAUUCGAGAUUAUCGAUGAGUUACAUGUCAGCUGCGCUGAUAAUGCCUCAGUGA